ACGGACCAUUGUCAGCCCGUGCGAUCGGAAGCGGACUGUUCUCAGGUCGUGCGAUCGGAAGCGGAACGUUCUCAGCUAGAGUGCCCCAGUGUGCGAUGCUCCGAGCCCGGCCUGGAGCAGCAUGAGGCUUGGCACACCGUUCAGAUCCUGGCCGCCGCCGCUGCUGCUGCUGCUGCUGCUGCUGACCAUCCAGCUGGCCUGCGGUGCACUCCCAACCGGCGGUCAGGGGCGACCGCGGCGGCCGCGGCGGCAGGCCGGGGUGGUGUUCGGCGACGGUGUCACCCAGGACUCGGGCCCCUGGGACUUCUGGGAGCAGGACUCGCUCUGCUCACGCUCCUGUGGCGGCGGGGUCACCCGCCAGGUCAGACGGUGCCUUCGGCAAAGAGUCGACGGGUCGUCCGAGUGCGCCGGGCCCAGCACGCGCUACCAGUCCUGUAACGUCCAGCCCUGCCCAGCCGGCUCGAAAGACUUCCGAGAGGAACAGUGCUCCUCGUUCGACAGCACCGCCUUCGAAGGCCGAUUCUACAGAUGGGUGCCGUAUCUGCGAGCGGCCAAUCAGUGCGAGCUGAACUGCAAGCCUCAGGGGGAGCGCUUCUACUACCGGCAGCGGAGGAAGGUGACGGACGGCACCAGCUGCGGCGAGGACGGCCUGGGCAUCUGCGUCGACGGCCAGUGCAGGCGCGUCGGCUGCGACCGGCUGCUCGGCUCGACUCGGCAGGAGGACGAGUGCCGCGUCUGCGGCGGCGACGGCAGCACCUGCCACACCGGCCAGGGCGUCUUCGACUCCAACGACCUCCAGCAAGGGUACAAUGACAUUCUGCUCAUCCCCGCGGGCGCGACACAUAUCUUUGUGGAGGAGCUCAAGUCGUCGAGCAACUACCUCGCCAUCCGCAACCUGACGGGCCACUUCUACCUGAACGGCAACUGGCGGAUCGACUCCCCGUCCAGCCGCACGUUCGCCGGCAGCCGCUUCCACUACGAGCGGCGCCGCGCCGGCUUCUUCGGGCCGGAACGGCUGCGCGCGCUGGGGCCCACCACCGAGCCGCUCUACGUUGUGCUCCUGUACCAAGAGUUCAAUCCUGGAAUCCAGUACAGGUACAGCGUACCGAAGACAAUCGCCGAAUCGGGAAAGGCCGAGUACUCGUGGGUACCGGACGAGUGGUCCGAUUGCUCCGCAAUCUGUGGUACAGGGGUGCGGCGGCGUGAGCUCCGAUGCGUCCGAGAAGAAGACGAACAGAAAGUGUCCGAGGACCUGUGCGACGUGCUGCAGAAGCCGACGGAGUCGGAGUCGUGUAAUGAGCAUCGCUGCCAAGCCAGCUGGCAGGUCGGCAACUGGUCGGAGUGCUCUGCCGACUGCGGCCAGCAGGGCGUCCAGUUCCGGUCUGUCACCUGUCAGCAGAGGGUCACUGCGCUGGUGAACGCGACUGUCGCGGAUGACCAGUGCCUCGAGGGGGCGCCGCGGCCGGACGAGUCGCGCCCCUGCGCGGCCGGCCCGUGUCCCAGCUACCACAUUGGCGACUGGUCGCCGUGUGACCGCCUGUGUGGCGAGGGGAGCCGCACGCGCCAGGUGCUCUGCCAUCGCGAGACAGCCGAGCGGACCGAGCUGCUGCCAGACUCUGGCUGCGACGGAGCCCGGCCAAACGGCACAGAGCCGUGCAUGCGCCGGCCCUGCGACGGCGUCGACUGGGUCACCUCCGACUGGGGAGGGUGCGCAGGAGCGUGCGGCCUGACGGUGCAGUCGCGCACCGUUCAGUGCGCCAGCGAGGCGGGUCACGUGUACGAGGAGCGGUUCUGCCACGCGGUGCGCCGGCCCGCCCCCAGCCAGCCGUGCGCCGGCGCUCCGGACUGUGCCUUCAUCUGGUACGCCACCCAGUGGAGCGAGUGUUCUGCCGCUUGCGGGCCCGGCCUGCAGAGCCGCAGGGUGUUUUGUGGCGCGGUGGACGAGGCCGGCCUGAUCUCCACCGUGGACGAGGCCAACUGUGACCCAGCGCGGCGCUACGAGCCGACCCGGCCGUGUGAGGGCGACCGGCCGCCACCGUGUCCGGCCGCCUGGCGCACGUCGCCCUGGGGCCCGUGUUCCGCCUCGUGCGAGAAGGGCACGCAGACGCGGAAGGUGUUCUGUGCGGACGAUUCGGGCCGGGUGGAGUUGAGCCGAUGCGACGGCACGAGCAUCCCCUUCACGCUCCAGGACUGCAACGACAUCGCCUGCGCCGACGCAGAAUUGUUAAAGCAGUUGGAAGUGGCCACACAGACGUACAUCCCAUCAGCAGCCGACGAAGAUUGCCUCGAUUACGACGACUACGAGGACGAGGCCGGCUCGGGCAGCGGCUCGGGCGAGGCACCGGACGCGCCCCGGCGCGAGCACGCCACCUUCAGUGACCUGCUGGCACGCGCGCUGGACUCGAUCGCGGACGAACGCUCCAGUGGCGACGGUUCCGGAGCCGCCCUCGAGGAGACGGCGGACUGGGACGCGUCCGGCGAGCAACCGGACGACCUCGCCGCCCUGCUGAGGGCGUCGGACGCGGCCUCGGGAGACGGCUCAGGGGACCUGAGGGCAGACCGGGGCGACGGAGCGCCCGGGGACUUGUUCGAAGACGCGUUUGGCGCGGCGUCCGAGGUUGCUCUGCGCAACCAGACGCUGACGACUUCGCCUCGCCAGCGACGGCAGGCCUCCAACGACGACCAGCCUCUGGAGGAUUUCUCCGGGUCAGGAGCGCUCGAAUCCGACGUCGUCCUCCUCGCCGGACGGUCCCGCAGACUUGGCGGGGGAGCCGUCGUCUGGCCAGGAGCUCCUGUCAGCGGACGCGGUUCGGCUGCUUGCCCGGACCGGAGACGCCGGCCGACUCGGAGGAGCGCACCGCGUGCCCGCCGGCUGCCGACUGCGACCGCUCCUUGUUCGGCUGCUGCCCGGACGGCUUCAGCGAGCGGACCGACGCGGCAGGCAGCACCUGCCCCGAGCUGGGCACGCCGUGCAGCACCAGCAGAUACGGCUGCUGCCCGGACGGAGAGCACGCCGCCGAGGGUCCGUUCGGCGAGGGGUGCCCCGGAGUGCGGCCCACACCCGUGCCGUCCACCGACCAGCCGCCAGAACGUCACCGCUCGCAACUGCAACGAAACUGAGCACGGCUGCUGCGCGGACGGUGUGACGGCCGCCGCCGGGGCGGACGGCGCCGGCUGCCCGCCGGCGUGCGCGGCCGCCGAGUACGGCUGCUGCGCGGACUCCGAGCUGCCGGCCCACGGGCCCCGCCAGGAGGGCUGCUGCGUGAGCGCCGAGUUCGGCUGCUGCCCAGACAACGUCACCCCGGCCCGGGGGCCCGACCUCGACGGCUGCGGCUGCGAGUACUCGGCGUUCGGCUGCUGCCCCGACAACCGGACGCUGGCGCGCGGCGAGGCGCUGGAGGGAUGCGGCUGCCGCUACACCGAGCACGGCUGCUGUCCGGACGGCUACACGCCGGCGGCCGGAGCCGACGACUUCGGCUGCGGCUGCCACACCUUCCCGCACGGCUGUUGCGAGGACGGCCGGACCGCGGACGGCCGCACCCGGGCGGCGGGGCCCGAGCUGGCCGGCUGCGGCUGCGAGGCGCACCUGCACGGCUGCUGCCCGGACGGCGCGACCCCGGCCCAGGGACCCGGCUUCCAGGGCUGCGCCGAGCCGCCCACCGACCUGAGAGAGCUGUGCAGUCUGCCGAAGCAGCGCGGGCCGUGCCGCAACUUCACCGUCCGCUGGUUCUUCGACAUGGAGUACGGCGGCUGCUCCCGCUUCUGGUUCGGCGGCUGCGAGGGUAAUGUCAACAGCUUCGACACCGAAGAGGACUGCAAGGCCACCUGCGUGCAGCCCGAGGGCAGAGUCGCGUGUCAGCUGCCGCUGGUCCGGGGCCCCUGCGACGGUGAUUAUCCGGCCUGGUACUACCGGCCGGACUCGGGCCGCUGCCACGCCUUCUCCUACGGCGGCUGCCUCGGCAACGGCAACCGCUUCAGCGACGAGCAGGAGUGCCAGCGCCGCUGCGUCGUGCCCAGCGUGCUCGACCCCUGUCGUCAGGAGGUGGCGCCCGGCCCCUGUGGCGGCCGCUUCCAGCGCUGGGCGUUCGACCCGGCCAGCUCGGCCUGCAUGCCCUUCGACUACGGCGGCUGCCAGGGCAACCUCAACAACUUUUUGACGCGGGACGAGUGCAUGCACCGCUGCUCUCGACCCGGACGGAAAGCCGUCUGUUCGCUGCCGCGUGCCGAGGGCGACUGCGACGAGCUGCUGCCGCGCUGGUACUUCGACUUCGCCCAGAGCCGCUGCACGCCCUUCUACUACAGCGGCUGCGGCGCCAACCUGAACCAGUUCGUCUCAGAGGCCGACUGCCAGGCCACCUGUCCGCAGCACGUGUUCGCGACGGAAGCCUGCGCUGACGAGAAGGACGCCGGAUCGUGCUCCAACUACACGACCCGCUUCUGGUACAAUGUGGAGGACGGCAGCUGCCAGUCUUUCCAGUACGGUGGCUGCGGCGGCAACAGGAACAGGUUCAGGACCUUGGCUGAGUGCCAGGACCGGUGCGAAUCUCACAGGGAAAAGGUGGACGCCGUCAGCUUCCAGACAGCCUGGUGUGAGCUGCCGGCCGACGCCGGCUCCUGUGACGGCCGCGAGGUGCGCUGGCACUACGACAGCGCGCGCGGCGCCUGCUCCCGGCUGGUGUACUCCGGCUGCGGCGGCAACCGCAACCUCUUCUCCUCGGAGGCCGACUGUCAGCGGCGGUGCGCCGCCAGUCAGGACGUGUGCACCCUGCCGCGGCUGGUCGGCCCCUGCUCCGGUUCGCUGCGCCAGUUCUACUUCGACACACGGCUCUCGCGCUGUCUGGAGUUCGACUUCAGCGGCUGCCAGGGCAACGGCAACCGCUUCGGCAGCCUGGCCGACUGCGAGGCCCGCUGCGGCUCCCCCGUAGAGGUCACCGAGCGGGCGGGCGGCCCGCCUGACCAGACCACGCCGGCGCCAGAGGGCAGUGAGGGCCGAUCAGCGGUGGUCUGUGUUGAACGGCACGGGGUGUGUGCCGGUGUGGCGAUGGCGAUUGCAAUGGCAAUUGCACAGGGAAAUGGUGUCAUCAUUAAAAGUGCAGAGGAGUAUCUCGGGCCCGUCGACGUGUGCCAGCUGCGCCACGAGACGGGCCCGUGCCGCGAGCCGGCGCGCGCCUGGUUCUUCCGCGCCUCGGAGGGCAUCUGCCGCCAGUUCACCUACGGCGGCUGCGCCGGUAACGGCAACAAGUUCGUCAGCGAGGAGCAGUGCCGCCGCCGCUGCGGCGACUACCGCGACCAGGACACGUGUUCGGUGGCGCCCUCGGCCGGCGGCUGCACCGGUAACCUGGUGCGCUGGUACUACGACGGCCGCACCGGCGCCUGCCGCGCCUUCACCUUCACUGGCUGCGGGGGCAACGCCAACAGGUUUAACACUGAGGAGGAGUGUCAGGCGCUCUGUGUCGGCGGAGAGGAGCUUGCAGUACCCGACAGUCGGGCGACCGAGAAGCCAGCCGCGGCCGGGACCGCCGCGCCGCCGGCUGCGUCGGAGACCGGUCCGGCUGACUGCUCCGAGGCCAGCGAACAGUGCCGCCAGCUGGUGUGUCGGUUCGGCGUGGAGCGGCACGUGGACGCGCGCCUCUGCGAGCGCUGCUCCUGCUACCAGCCGUGCCGCCAGGUGGCGUGCGGGCAGGGCGAGCGCUGCGUGAUCGCCCAGCGCCGCGACCAGGACGACGGUCUCGUCAUCACGGCCGCCUGCCGCCCCACCCUCAAAGAGGGCUCCUGCCGAAUUCCUGAAGUCUCGGAGGAGGACUGCGCCGGCCCGCAGACCGGAUGCAGGGAUGACGCUGACUGCAGAAACAACCUCAAGUGCUGCAGCGACGGCUGUACGUUGCGGUGCGUACCGCCGGAGGGUCAGGAGGAGACGUCCGUCCAGGACGCCCCGCCCACUCCGGCACCUGGGGACCAGCAGCCGACCCCCGACACCACCGAGGCGCCAGUUACGACCGGCGAGCCUCCAUUCCGAGUCACCAGCCCGACCACGACGACCACGGCACCAACGGCUGCCGCCGGCGUGGUGCCCGAGACACCGGACCCGCGCGCGCGGAUCGUGGAGGCUUCGUCGGCGGUGGACGUGGCAGAGGGUUCGCUGGCCGUGCUCCGCUGCGUCGCCGAGGGAGACCCCCGCCCGAUCAUCUCGUGGAGACGCGGCGACGAGGAGGUGAACCCGCGCCGCGGCCGGUACCGGCUGGACGGCGGCUCGCUGCAGAUCGUCGGCGUGCGGCCUGAGGACGCCGCCGUGUACACGUGCUUGGCCGACAACUACCGCGCGCCGCCCGACCGGCGCUCCAUGCGGCUCACCGUGCUGGACCCGAGGCCGGCGCCGGUGCGGGUGCUGCGUCCGUCGCUGGCCGAGCAGCCGGUGGCGGACCUGGGCGGGCCGGCCGUCAUCCGGUGCCACGCCUACGGCUGGCCACGGCCGAUCGUCACCUGGUGGCGCGAGCGGCGCCUGCUGCCGCGCUCCUCGGCCCAAUACCGGCAGCGCGACGACCACGCGCUGGUCAUCGGCAUCGUGCGCCUUCCCGACCUGGGCAUCUACACGUGCCAGGCGUACAACGGCCGCGGCCGCGCCGUCUCCUGGCAGGCGCAGCUGCGCGCGCACGGCCCCGUGGACGCGGCGCCGCCGGUGCUCUGGCCCUACCUGCGGUUCGUCGUGACGAGCGGUGGGCCGGCGGCGCCUGCGGCGGCGGUGCCGGGGCAGGUGGUGCCGGCCGGCGCGGGUGGCCCGGCCGGUCCGGCUGCCGCCGCCGCCCCGGCCCGGCCGUUCCCGGCGCGACGACCUGGAGAGGCGCCGUACUGGCCUGAGUACACCCGACCGCUAGGCACGGAGUCGGUACGAGCCAGCAUCAGCCUGCCGGAGCCGGAGGUGGCCGUGGGCGCGCGGCUGAGGAUCCCGUGCCGUACAGCCGGCCGGCCGCCGCCCACCGUCUCCUGGUACAAGGACGGCGAGCUGGUGUGGCCGGACGAGAGGCGGCAGUUCGACGGCACGGACCUAGUGGUGCGGUCUGCCGAACCGUCCGACUCCGGUAUGUACCGGUGCCAGGCGGCCAACCAGUACAGCACGGCCGAGAGCACAGUCAGCGUCCGCGUGCAGGGUGUAUUCGUCCACCAGAACUGCACGGACAACCCGUUCUUCGCCAACUGCAGGCUGAUCGUGGCCGCUCGCUACUGCAGCAAUCAGUACUACUCGCGCUUCUGCUGCCGCUCGUGCACGCUUGACGGCCAGCUGCCGUCGCUCGGCUCCCACCUGUACAACCAGCGCGGGUACUUCGCCGCCUCCGCCGCUGCGGUUCCGGUCAAGGUCACGGGGUCACCGGCGGAGGUCACCAACCCGGCCAACGCCACGACCGCGGCGCGGCCGUGA